AUGAGCUUGAUAUGCCUGGUGGGGAUCCCGGCGUCCGGCAAAACGACCCUGGCCCAACGCCUCGCUUCUGCCCUCCCCCAAUUUCGCGUCUUUGAGUUUGAUGAGCGCACGCCCGGGCCCAGCUACCAUCAAUUCCGAAAGGAGCGCCUCGCAGAGGUAGAGGUAUACCUCCAAUCUUCGGCGCGCUCUUCCGAGGCCCUCCUCCUCGAUGACACCUGCCAUCUGCGAAGUAUGCGGCGCCCCUACGCACGAUUGGCACGCCGAUUCGCGCUUCGAUUCGCCGAAAUCUACGUCGAAUGCGAUUUGGCGACGGCGCUGGCUAGGAAUUCGAGGCGCCAAGGUGUCGAUCGGUUAGAGGAGGCGACGAUUCAACGGGUCCACGGCACGCUCGAGAUUCCGGAGGACGCAUUUCGAUUCACUGGCAACAACUUCGAAGAUUUGCUGGUAUUUUUGAAGGGGCCAAUUUUGAGGCCGGAAUCUACUUCUACCCUUGCUUCGAGCCCGGGCCCCGAUUUCCCGCUUGAUGUACUGUCGCGAAACGCCGUAGCCGAGUUGAAGAGGCAGAUGCCCGCCUUUGACGGCCGUUUGCUGAGCCGCAUCCGGCGCGAGUUUGUGAAUGGGAAUCGGCAUUUGCCGUGCCCGGAUUUGGCUAGUGUUUCAUCCCUUUUGCGGGCUCGCUACGAAUCGGCUUUAGCCAAAAGCGAU